GGACUUGGAAUGUUCUGUCUGUAGCCGCCUAUUUAACACCUAAGCACACGAGAAACUAUCGAACAAGAGAGGAAAAAUUCUCAGGUGCAUUGCGAAUAUCAUAUACCUACAUAAUUCGUUGUUGCUGUGAUUCGAACGCAACCCAUUCGUCUCGUAUUUCUUUGGUUUGAAAAUUGUUGAUUGAAAGAAAAACAGUAUUGAAUUUAGAUGGCUGGUUCUCUGGGUCAUUUCAACGUUCUUCAGUCUACACAUUCAAAGAAUUCAGAGAGACUGUGUGCGGCUAAGCGGCGCCUCCGGUCACAUGGCCGUGCGACCGGGCUGGUUCUCAAGCACACGCUGCUUUAUAAGGAUGUGAGUUUAAGCGGCCUUGUGUUGAAAAAGAGCGGUGUUGGGGUUGUGAUGGCUGCGCAUAAUAAUGGAAGCUGUGAUUCUGGAUUCAUGAUCGACGAUGUUCCUCAUCUUUCCGACUGGUUACCUAAUUUAACUACUUAUCCAAAUCCUUUGCAAGACAACCCUGCUUAUGCUGAUGUCAAGCAGUACUUUGUUCACCCAGAUGAUGUAGUUGCAAAAGAUAUUGUUGUCAGACUGAAUAGUCCAAGAGGACUUCAUUUUCGUCGUGCUGGACCGAGGCAAAAUGUCUAUUUUAAACCAAAUGAAGUGCGUGCCUGUAUAGUAACAUGUGGAGGUCUAUGCCCAGGGCUUAACACUGUUAUCCGUGAAAUUGUAUGUAGUUUAUAUAAUAUUUAUGGAGUGGAAGAUGUCCUUGGGAUUGAGGGAGGUUAUAAAGGUUUUUACUCUAAAAAUACCAUCCCCCUAAACCGAAAGGUUGUUAAUGAUAUUCACAAACGUGGAGGUACCGUUCUUGGUACUUCACGGGGUGGUCAUGCAACUUCAAAGAUAGUUGACAGCAUUCAAGACCGUGGCAUUAACCAGGUCUAUAUUAUUGGAGGAGAUGGAACACAAAGAGGAGCAAGUGUUAUUUAUGAGGAAAUACGAAGGCGUGGCUUGAAAGUGACUGUCACUGGGAUUCCUAAGACCAUUGAUAACGAUAUUGUGGUCAUAGAUAAGUCAUUUGGGUUUGACACUGCUGUGGAGGAAGCACAAAGGGCAAUCAAUGCAGCUCAUGUAGAAGCAGAGAGUGUUGAAAAUGGUGUGGGUCUUGUGAAGCUUAUGGGCCGCUAUAGUGGAUACAUCGCUAUGUAUGCCACACUUGCUAGCCGUGAUGUGGAUUGUUGUCUAAUUCCUGAAUCACCAUUCUAUCUUGAAGGAAAAGGUGGUCUUUGUGAAUAUGUCAGGAAACGUACUCAGGAGAAUGGGCAUUGUGUAAUUGUUGUUGCUGAAGGUGCUGGUCAGGAACUUAUUGCUGAAUCUAUGCAUAGUAUGGAUCAACGUGAUGCUUCAGGAAAUCGCUUACUACAAGAUGUUGGUCUAUGGCUCUCUCAAAACCUCAAGGAUUAUUUUCUUAAGGAGCACAAACAAGUGAUAAACUUGAAGUAUAUUGAUCCAACUUACAUGAUUCGUGCCAUUCCAAGCAAUGCAUCAGAUAAUGUUUACUGCUCUCUGCUUGCACAAAGUGCUGUCCAUGGAGCCAUGGCAGGUUACACAGGCUUCACCGUUGGACCAGUGAAUGGAAGGCAUGCUUAUAUUCCGAUUUCUCGUGUCACCCAAGGCCAGAACCAGGUGAAGACCACUGAUCGUAUGUGGGCUAGGUUGCUUUCUUCUACCAACCAGCCAAGCUUUCUUAGGUCACAAGAGGUACUGGAGACCAAGAUGCAAGAAGAAUCAGUUAAAUUGUUAGAACAAGUGGAUGCCGACAUAAAGGAAACCACUUCUCCUGUUCAGGAAGGGAACGGUCUUGCUGGGGAAAAGGGCGACUCUUCCCUGGAAGUAAAUGGUGUAGCUUGGCAUAAAUCAUAUGUUGAAUUGGCAAGUAAGCUGAAGGAGAAAGAAGGGGCUAUAUGAAGGUUCCUACAACCCUACAUGAAAAAUUCUAUGAUGCUUCUCAAGCUUCAUGAAAAGUUUUGAAAGCAAUGUUGAUAGUUUAUACCUGAAGCUAUUAAUAUGUAAAAGAAAUCUCUAUAUAUAUCCUAAAUUACACAAUAGAUGAGAUGCCAUGGGCAUGAACCACAUUUAUGGUUCAAUUUUUUCAAUCCAUGUUCUAUGUCAAUUUUUACAAGCCUGCAGAGUACAUCGAGCUUUCCCUUUGUAAAUUUUCUGAGAUUCAACAAUGAGGAAAAUACCAGCUUCGAAGUUUACUUUUUCA